AUGGCGCCCCCGGUGGCACCUUCUCCGGUGGAUGUAAGUAGUGAAACGGAAUCUAUCUCAACACAGGUCCUUUCCCCUGCGAUAAAUGGUCCAGUUAAUGAUGAAAUCAAAGUUUGGGAACGCCCAUGGACAAUCCAAGAGAUCAAAGCAGCAGCAGGAAACUGGUCAUUGGCUGGAGAUGCUGGAUUACUACUUCAUUUGCAAGAUUUUUCCCAACGUAUUCUAUCUAAAACUCACGAUAUUGAGAAGCAAGUGAACAAUUUGGUCCAUGAAACAACAAUGACUGGUGUUCGUGUGAACAAUGUUUUUAAUGACUUCAUUAUGUUGGCCAAUUCCCAAUUUGUGGAAAAUCGUGUCUAUGAUGAAGACAUUAGUCAGAAAGAAAAUCUGCCUCAAGAGAAGAAGUAUAAAGAAAUUUCAAAAGAAGAAAAAGAAGCUCAACUGGUAACCAAGGUAGUCCAAGCAGUAAACUUUGGCCUUGAUGUUAUUGACCAAGCUUUUGAAAAAUUGGAUACUAAUGCUGGUAACUCUGAUUCUGAAGAUGAAGAGAGUAGUUAUGGAGUUGAUCCACUUUUUGAGGCAAAAGAUCCGUAUCUUCAGCGUUCACUUCCAUAUUUGAUAGGAAGUGCCAAUUUCAUGCAAGAUGACAAUGUAGGAUUAUUAGAAAUAUUUUCAGAAGAAGAAGGAGGUGAAACUGAUCAUGGAAGCAUUAGUGAUGACUCUGAACCAGAAAAAGGGAAACUCGACCAAAAUCAAUCUGAAUACACAGAUGAAGAUUUAUCAUCUGAUUCUGAUGAUCUCUUAAAGCCAAAAAGCAGUAAAAAUGCUCUGAAAGCUAAGUACGAUGAUUCUGAUGAAGAAGAAGAAAGUAAAGAAUACUUAUUUGACAGUAAACAAUCUGAAAAUGAAGAUGAAAAUUACUAUUCUGAAAAGAGUGAAGGUGAAACAUCAAAGACUGAAGAUAGUGAUGAGGAAAGUGAUGAGAAAGGUAACACUCCAGAGAAGCCACAAGGUUUGAUAGGAUUCCAGGCAGAACUGGCAGCCAAAUUGGGUAUACCACCAAUGGAAUCUACUACCAUUCAUGAAAAAAAUUCUAAGAAAAAGGAAAGGAAAGAGUCAGUAACUUCUGUGAAAAGGUCAAAGUAUAAAAAGAAACGUGAUGAUUAUCAAAAGGAUAGUAAUUCUUCUAAAGAAUCCAAUUUACCAUUUGGUGCUCCAGAAGAAGAUGAAAACUCUAUAUUUGGUAGGACUGGUAUGUUUUCAAACAGCAAAAAGUAUCUAUUUGAUGAUGAAGAGGAAGAAGGUGGUCUUUUUGAUGGUCUAUCUCAGAAGUCAUCUUUAAAACAGUCUUCUUCAGUCAAAGAAACUGACUCGGAUAAUUAUGAUGACUUAUUUUCAGCCCCAAUAAAAAAUGAACCAAAGAAAACUUUGCAAGAUGCCAAUCAAAAGAAACCAUCUAAGACCAAGACAUUAUUUGAUGAUGAUGACGACGACGAUGAUGAUGAUGAUCUCUUUAGUUCCAGUGUUUCUGGAAACAAACAAGUUUCUGCCAAAGCUAAACCAAAACCUGCUGUCAGUUUAUUUGGUGCUGAAGAAGAAAAAGAUUUAUUUGAUCAACACCCAGCCAAAAUGGAAAAUAGUACAAGGGCUUUUGAAAAAAGGUUACAUGCAGGAUCUAUUUGUGAUCAAAAUUUGAAUCCAUUUGCUGCCAUUAUGAAAACCCAACCAUCCUCAGAUGAGGAAGAUGACAAAGCAGAAUUAUCAGAUGGUGAUAAAUCUUUGGAUGGCAGCAUCAAAUCCAUCAAAUCAAGUACAUCUGUUUCAUCAGUCAAUAAAUUACUGGAAGCUAAUAAAUUGCGAGAAGGUCACAGUUCUUCUCAAUCAAGCAACAGCCUAUUUGCAGAUGAGCCAGACAGUGAUCUGUUCUUUACUAAACCUUCAGUUUCAGCUAGUCGGGCCAGAGCUAAAGUUGCUGGAUUAGAUUUAUUUGAUGAUGAGGAAGAGGAAGAAGAGUCAGACCCCUUUACCAAGACUAACAAUGCUCGUGGAUCUGCUGAUUCUGAGAAAGUUAACCAAGAGAAGAAGUCUCCAGCAACAGGCCUAUUUUCUGAAGGGGAGGAUGACUUAUUUUCUUCAGCGAAACCUAAAGAAAGUGUGAAAAAGAAACCAGCUGGUGGAGUUUCCUUACUUGGAGAGGUAGACAUAUUUUCAAAGUUAAAAAAAGCUCCAGAAAGGAAGGAAGAAGCAAAGAAGGUUGAAUCAGCAAAAUCCCCACCCAGACAAAGUACACUAUCAUUGUUUGAUGAUGAUGAAGAUGAGGAUGAAACAGAUACACUUUUCAAUCCAUUAUCUAAACCUGCUGCAGGUGUGACCCCAACAGCACCAAAACCUGAAACAAAACAAAGAACAAAGUCACUGUUUGAGGAUGAAGAUGUCCUGUUUGGAACACCUGAAGAGAAUCCAUCUGUUGAUCUUUUUAGUUCAGAAGGACCAUUGGCACCUAAGAAGAAAAGGGCUUCUAUACCAGCACCAACUAAAUCCAAAGUAACUGGUGCUGCCACAGACUUGUUUGGAGAUAGUGUGACCAAGAAAUCUGAACCAAAGAAAAUUGACUCCAACCAACUUGAUUCUGCUUCCACUAUUGCUACUAGUAGGACUCUAAAUAUUGAAGGGGUCACAGAAGAUGAAUCUGCUGAUUCUGAUAUUACUAAAGAAACAAAAUCAGAUGCAGCCCCUCCACUUGUUAAGAAGCCCAUUGGUGGUGUGUCUUUGUUUGGUGGAGCAGAUCCUUUUGCUGAGAUAAUGAAAAAGAAGAAAGCAGCAGAAUCUAAAAAAGAAAAAGAGGAAAAUGAAAAUCCUGCCACAACACUUGUUGAAAAAUCUGGUGAAGAGCAUCAAGCAUUAGUGAAAGAAUCAAUUCCUCCUCCAAAAAUCAGAAAGCCUUUGAGAGUUGAGUCUGAACAGCAUGAUUCAGUCAACCAGUUACCAAUUCCUCGCCCACAGCCUCCAACCAGUUUUGGCACUGACAAAUUAGAAUCCCCUGGAGUUUCCUUUGAUCAUCCCCCCACCCCACAGCCAUUACAGAGUGCAACAGUCACAAAGGAGCGGGCCCGCAUCUUGUCUCGUCGACGUCCUCAAAGUAGAAGAGCCCGACGAGCUGCAGCAGGGUCAGAAUUUGAUAGCACAGAUUUUUCUCCCAUUUCUCCUAUGACAGCAGUACCCUAUAUGAAUGAAGAGGGUACAUUCUCACCUGUCAAUCCAAUUGAUGCCAUGUCAGCACCUGUCCUCUAUUCUGGCAAAGAUCCUUUUAAUUACAAAGAAAUACUCAAUAGCAAGACAAAACCCUCUGCUCUCUCUACACCUACACAGGAAGAUACUCCACCCAAGGUAUCUGCACCUUUACUCUCAAAGGAAUCCAUUUCUAAAGAACAGGAAACUGACAAAGCAGUAUCAUCUCCAUUUGAGGAUGAUUUAUUUGCCAGUGCUGCAAAGAAAAUGCCUUCCAAAGACACUGUAGAUGAUACUGAUGACUUGUUUGGUCCAAGUUCUGUGCCAACUGACAACAAAAAAGCCAAGGACAUAACUGCCACAACUAAAACUGACAUAGAAGCUUCCAAAACUGAGGUUUCAUUACCAAAAUGUGAACUUGCCAAAAAAGACAUUCACAAUGAUGACGACGAUGAUGAUGAUGACAUCUUCGCUGAUGCUACCAUUUCAGUAAAUAAAAAGAAAGAUAAAAAGAUUGCUAUAAAACAUGAUGAUGGUGGUGGUGGUGAUGAUAUAUUUGCAUCAAACAGUGUUAGCACAAAGAUGUUGGGGAAAGAUUCUAAAAACGGAGGUCUGAAAACAGCUGGGAGAAAAAUCCAAAAUAAUAAUGUAACAAAAGACGAUGACCUUUUUACUGAUGAUACAGAUAUCUUUGCUAAUUUGCCAGCCACAAAACAGAAAGAAAAGAAAACUGUAACCACCACAAAAUCUGCAUCAAAGCCUUUAUUCCAAGAAGACAUUGAUGACAUUUUUGCUGAUAGUCUGCCAAGCAAGAAGGAAAGCACAGUUAGAAAGGACAAUGGUGCACCCAAAAAAUCAGAGAAACCAACAUCAAACAAAAUCUCUUCUAUAUUUGAUGAUGAUGAUGAUGACACCAGCUUGUUUGAUGAUCCACUCAGUGUAAAGAGCAAAUGA